GAUCUCACAGACAUUACCAGGACUGACAGGGCCACAACCAUUCUCAGAAAAUAAGUCCGACUCCGAUUAAUUUAUAAUGAAUAAGGACAGGAAUAAGAUGACUGAGAGGAUUCUGAAUCUCACCCUGGAGAUCAUCUACCUGCUGACCGGAGAGGAAUAUGUCAUUGUGAAGAGGCCUGGUGAGCGUGUCAGACACAGCAGCAGCCCCUGUGUUUCAGGAGGACCCUACAAGGUCCAGAGCUCCAGCACUUUGCCAUCACUUCACUCAUUGACACAUGAGAGAAAUAAUGACAAGAAGAUCCUGGAACUGACCAAUAAGAUCAUCCAGCUGCUGACUGGAGAGGACUGGGAGUAUUUAGAAGAACCUAAAGAUUGUUACAAGGACAUAAUGAAAGAGAAAAACCAGCCCAUCAGGACACGGGUAGAUGGACAUUUUGGAAGAAACACCCACAAAGGAUUCUAUACAACAUUUUCUUCAUCUGGUUCUGGAAAUAAAGAUAAAAAUCCCAUAAAAUGCAAUGCACAGACAAAGCAUGCUUCUCAGAUUGAGAUCAAAUUGGCUCUAUGUAAAGAAGGACACGUCAAAGAUACUGACGUUCAUACACCCACAGAACUUAAACAGACAGAAUAUACAUCUGCCCGCAUUAAGAAUGAGCUAGCCUCAAAUGAAAAAGGAAACCUCACAAGCACUGACACUUACAUACCCACAGAACACAAACAAGCAGAAUAUACAUCCACUUAUUAUAAGAACAAGACAAACUUAUGUGAAGAAGAAAAUAUCACAGACCCAAACAUGCAUUCACCCGCAGAAUACAUAACCACGUAUAUUAAGGAAGAACCAGCUUCAUGUGAAGAAGACAAUCUCACACCCACAGACUAUACCUAUGUUAAUAUCAAGGAGGAAUCCACAUCAGGCGAAGAUGAAAAUAUUACAGACACUGAAAUCUAUGCACCUGCUGAACAUACAGAGACAGACUAUUCAUCUACUCAGAUUAAGGAAGAAGGACAUCCCACUGACACUUACUUUUAUAUUACUUCACAUCACAAACGAGCAGAAUACAUGCUAAAUGAAGAAUGUAGGAAUGAUAGUAGUGAUAUGCUCAGAGUAUGUAACAGCUUGUCAAUAGAACAGCAUAAAGAAAGUAUUAAAAACUAUAAUAUACUAUCAGCUAGUACAUUUGGCAAAAGGAAUAAUACCACGGAUGGAAUAUACAGCUGCCCUGAACGUCCAGAAUCCCAUGCUACUGAUUCAGACCCCGUGAAACUCGCAAAAGGUCACCGGAAAAAGCUAUUGGCAUGUCCUGAAUGUGGCAAAUGUUACACUCGCAGAUCGAUUCUUGUUGUGCAUCAGAGGAGUCACACGGGAGAGAAGCCAUUUUCAUGUUUUGAAUGUGGGAAAUGUUUUACUGACAAAUCCAACCUACUCACACAUCAGAAGAUUCACACAGGAGAGAACCCAUUCUCAUGUCUUGAGUGUGGUAGAUGUUUUCCCUACAGGUCAUAUCUUGUAAAACAUCAAAAGAUUCACACAACAGAUAAACCAUUCUCGUGUCCUGUAUGUGGGAAACGUUUUGCAGAAUCUGUUGGUCUUACAACACACCAGAGGACCCACACUGUUGACAAACCCUUUUCAUGUAACCAAUGUGGUAAAACAUUUGUCAGUAAAUCAAACCUUGCGGCCCAUCAGAAGUUGCACACGGGAGAAAGACAAUUAAAAUGUUCAGAAUGUGGGGAAUGUUUUACCACUAAAUCAAAUCUUCUUUCUCAUCUGAGGAGCCACACAUCAGAGAGACCAUUCUCUUGUCCCGAAUGUGGGAAAUGUUUUAGUCACCGGUCAUAUGUUAAUAAGCAUCAGAAGAUUCACGAAAAGGGCAAACAUUUGUAACAUUCUAGGUCUUGGAAAUGCUUUAUCAUUAAAUCAAAUAUCAUUAUGUGCUGAGUAAUUCAGUGAUACUGAAAAUAAAAU